AAUAAAUUUAGUGUGGAGUUUAGUAGAAGAAUCGUUAGGAAUGAACCAAGAAUUACAUACACGAAAAAAAAGUGCAAUUAUUCAAUCAAAAUUACACAAUCAAAGUUCAGAAAAAAGACCAAUUUAUGUUACAAAAAAAUUCGAAUUACCCAUUGAAUGA